AUGAUUCGAGCAACUCGUAUGUUUUUAACAGUAUCAAAAGAGUAUAAUAAUAUUCAAGGCAUUUAUAUUUCUACAUCAUCUAAACAAUUCUUUUCUGAAAAUGUUAAAACUAACCUUUUGACUACUGAAAAUAACGUUAGAAAAAAUUCAAAUGAAUUUUCUGAUUUUAAAGAAAAAGUUAAUCAAAAUGAUUAUAAUUUGAAUAGUAAAGAGGAGAAAGAUGAUAUUUCUUCAGAAAUUGAAAGCCUUUACAAUGAUUUAAAAGGAAAAGAAUUGAAGAGCAGUGUCAGCAAUAAGCCCAAAGUAGGAGAAGGAAACAGGGUAGUAAGAAAAUCAGUUCAGACGAUGAAAUACUUCAUUGAUGUAAAAACAAGACCUGUUAAUGCAUUACAAUCAGUUUUACUAAAUAUUGAUAAAAACAAAAGCAAUUUAAAUCUGAAAAAUUCUGCCGAUUUACUUUAUUGUGUAGCAAAAUUAUCAUUAAAAAAAAGUAAAUUUUUAGAUACAUUAGCGGACUCUAUAAUAGAGGAUAAAAAUGUCAUUUCUUCUGGAGUUAUACCUGCAAACAUAUUACUGAGUUGUGGUAUAUUAAAAUAUAGGAAUACUGCUCUGAUUGAUAUGUUAAGUGACAAAAUUUUAAGCUAUGAAGGUCCUAAACAAAAUCAACAAAUGCUUACGGCAUUAAUGACAAUGGCCAUUGUUAAUUAUUUGUCACCGAAUGGUGAAAAAAUUAUUGAUAUAUUAUCCAAACAAACAAAAACUGAUUUUAAGGAUUCAUUAUCAUACCUUAAUUUUGUAUGGGCUACUGUACUACUCCAAAAAUUUUCUCAAGAUCAUAUAUCCAAUGUUUUAUCCACAGAGUUUCUCACCCAACUCGAGAUAGUGAAUGAUACCUAUGGUGUUGAUUCUCGUUUAGAAUCAACCAGAUUGAAAAUAUUAAAUAUAAAUGCAAUAACUUCUCACAUACCUUCUUAUAAAGGUAAUAAAUUGAAAAAUUUGAGGCAUUCAUUUGUACUAUCAAAGAAAAAAAGUGAGUUUUUGUCGACUGUACUAGAUGGGCUCACUCACAUUUUACCCAAAACUGAUUAUUUUACCGUUAAUUAUGAUACAAAAGCGGGAUUUAUUGUAGAUGUUUUAUUUUAUUUAGAUGAUAAUAUGAAACCUAAAUCUUUAGAAAACAAACAUAAAGGUAAUAAAUUAGGACUCUUAUUACUCGACUAUAAUGAUUUUUGCCUCAAUUCUGAGACUUUGGUCGGAACGACAGCAUUCAAAGAAUAUAUAUUAAAAAAAGAAAAUUAUAAAAUAGUCAAAGUAAAUAACAAUUAUUAUAAAUCGUUGACUAAAAUGUCAGAGAAAGUAAAUUAUUUACAGAAAUGCAUAAAAAAUGCUUUCAAUGCAUAG